AUGUCGGUAAAGUGCGCGUGGGCAACGCUGCUUACGUCGGAGCAUUUGCUGCCGGGAGUGGUGGUAUUCGCGCAUACGCUGCUGGUCCAACAUGCGUCUGCGUAUCCACUUGUCAUCAUGGCUACCACCAAACUCAGCACUCGAGCUCGGGGGAUUUUGACGUCGAUGUUGCCAGAGGGUAGGGUGGUGAUUCGCGAGAUCGAGCCUAUCUACCCCGAAUCGGUGGCGACGGGGCUGGCGUAUGCGAGGUUCAACGAGGUGUGGACCAAGUUGCGCGCGUUCGAGCUGACCGAGUACGGAAGGGUGGCGCUGGUGGAUUCGGACAUGCUCGUACGACGCAAUAUGGACGAACUUCUCUCCCCGCCUGUCUUUCCCGAGGAAGAGGGGGAGUGGAUUGCAGCCAGUUGGGCUUGCACCUGCAACCCGAAUCGAAUCGCCACGUAUCCCGAUAACUGGAUCCCCGAAAACUGUGGAUUCACUGGUCAAACUCUGCCCCAAGCGAAGGAUCCACAGAGUGUGGUACAGCCAACAAAGGAAACGCCGAGGCCGGGCAAGUUGAUCAAUAGCGGUCUUGUGUUGCUUACACCGUCGAAGGCUACGAUGGAGGAAAUGAUUGCGGCGAUCAAUACCGAUCCGAGGGUGCAGGAAUACAGGUUCCCGGAUCAAGACUUCCUCGCCGACUUUUUCAACACGCAGACAAGACACAUCAAGUAUCUGCCGUACAAGUACAAUGCACUCAAGAAACUUCCGCUCGUCCAUGCCAAUAUUUGGACGGACGAGGAUGCGGUCAAUGUGCAUUAUAUCCUCGAUAAGCCAUGGAACCUCGGCAGACCAGGUUCGGAGCGUAACAAAAACGAUCCGGAUGCACACGUACACAACUGGUGGUGGCAGGCGUUCGAUCACGUCAAGGCCAACCUCACCGCGAAGGGCGAGGGAAUCACGAUCGACAAGGACGACUGGCAAGAGUGCGUGGAAAAGUACAUGUCGCUCUGA